AUGCCGGAGGCGCCAGAGUGCUUCUUCUGGUUCUAUAACUGUAAAACACUGCAGUGGCCAUGCCAGAACUCCAGAGCCAGAGCUCCGCCUGUCCUCCUAGGGACCAUCGGCUGUGGCAAGACCCUGUCAGGAGACACCCUCCUGGGCCAGUCCUCCUCCGGCUCUCCUUCCUCCUCUAGUUCUUCCCCCAGGCUUUGCCAGCUGAGGCCUGGGGCCUCCGAGGGCCGGAGGUUGACUGUGGUGGAGGCCCCUCGCUGGUACUGGAGCGGGGGCCACAUGGAGGCUGGGGUGAGGAAGGAGACAGAGAGGGCACUUGAGCUGGCUGCCCCGGGGCCACACGCCUUCCUGCUGCUGGUUCCUGUCGGCCAGUUCACCGAGGUGGAGCACAGAGUGCCCGCUGAGCUGGAGGAGGUGUUUGGGGAGGGGGUGUUGAAACACACCCUGGUGCUGUUCACCUGUGGAGACUACCUGAUGGGCCAGGGGGCGGGGCAGUACCUGGAGGGAGAGGACCCUGGGCUCAGGGAGGUGAUUGACAGGUGUGGGGGCCAAUACCACGUCCUCAACAACCGCCGACCGCAGGACAGGGCAGGUCAGGGAGCUGCUGGAGAAGGUAACCAUCCCAUCUUAUAA